CCUCACUCGCACUUCAAUACAACAGAAUCAAACCCGAUAACAGUAUCUUCCCUUCAGAUCCUUUGCUCCCAUCUUUUCACAUAGCCGCUUCGCUUCCACCGAAGGCGGCAUUUCUCUCUUCUCACCGGCUAAUCUCGUCUCUUCCCGUUUCUCUCUCUCUCUCUCUCUCUCUAAAAUCUAAAACGCCAUGUCUAUUUCUCCUCUCCAGCCAAAAGUCCAACAAUGCGCCGCCGCCUCCCUCUCUUACUCCACCUCUCUCUUCCCGUCCUCUUCGUCCUUUCGUAUAAUCACUCUAAGACCUUCAAUCUCGUCUCUUAGACCUGUUGUAUGUCGCUUCUCACAGUCUCAGGCCUCAGUUGUUGAUGGCAGAAUCGAUACUAGAGUCUCUGAGAGGAAUGAGGUUCGUCUAGGUUUGCCUAGUAAAGGCCGUAUGGCUUCUGAUACUCUUGAUCUGCUCAAGGACUGUCAAUUGUCCGUCAAGCAGGUCAAUCCACGACAAUAUGUUGCGGAAAUUCCUCAGCUCUCCAAUUUGGAAGUCUGGUUUCAGCGACCCAAAGACAUUGUACGGAAGUUGUUAUCUGGAGAUUUGGACCUUGGAAUUGUGGGUUUUGAUACAGUCAGUGAGUAUGGAAAGGGGAAUGAGGAUCUUAUCCUUGUUCAUGAUGCUCUUGAGUAUGGGGAUUGCCGUUUGUCCUUUGCAAUUCCUAAUUAUGGGAUUUUUGAAAAUGUAAAAUCAAUGAGGGAGCUAGCGCAAAUGCCUCAAUGGACAGCUGAGAAACCUCUGCGAGUUGCUACUGGCUUCACUUAUCUGGGUCCUAAGUUUAUGAAAGAAAAUGGGCUGGAGCAUGUGAUAUUUUCAACUGCUGAUGGAGCAUUGGAAGCUGCACCUGCGAUGGGAAUUGCUGACGCUAUUUUGGACCUUGUAAGUAGUGGAACAACACUGAGAGAAAACAACCUGAAAGAAAUUGAAGGUGGAGUUGUAUUGGAGAGCCAGGCUGUUCUUGUUGCUAGCAGGAAAUCCUUGAUGCAACAGAAGGGUGCGCUGGACACAACACAUGAGAUUCUUGAGAGGCUGGAGGCACAUUUGCGGGCAAUUGGUCAGUUCACGGUGACUGCAAACAUGAGAGGAAGCAGUGCAGAUGAAGUGGCUGAACGUGUUCUGAGCCAGCCAUCUUUGUCUGGGUUGCAGGGGCCAACUGUAAGUCCAGUUUACUGCAAACGUGAUGGAAAAGUUUCUCCAGAUUAUUACGCCAUAGUCAUUUGUGUCCCAAAAAAGGCACUGUACAAGUCUGUACAGCAACUGAGAGCGAUUGGAGGUAGCGGAGUUCUAAUUUCUCCUUUAACCUACAUUUUCGAUGAAGAGACUCCAAGAUGGCGCCAGCUUCUGUCAAAACUUGGGUUGUAGCUCCUAUUAUCAUUUGUCAUUAUCACGUCUGAUUACAGUUGUAUUGCUUCUUAAAAUAUUUGGGCUGUUCGGUUGGUACAUCUUCAGAUCUUGGGCAUAUUUUUCAUGGGCAGUUCGCUUGAAUUGCUUAAAGAAUUUUGUUGUGUAUCUGCAUUUUCUAUGUCAUGAUUUGAACUCUUUUAAGAAGAAUAUUGUUAAGAUUUUGCACUUUCUCUUGUAUUAAACAAUUUCAGAAGUUUAUUUUAGCAUUCUGAUUUUAUUUA